AUUACAUUUCUGUAGUUAAAUCAAGAGUUUAACAUAAAACAUUUCAUAGUUUUCAUUUAAUGGAAUGUCAAAUUUAAAAGAAACAAAAGUAGUUGCAAAAAAAUCUUUGACUAUUCAUUCAGAUAGCAAACAAAUCAUUUAAAUUACGGAAAUGUACUCUCCCAAACUUCUAGAAUUACAUGAGGCAUUUCGACGCGCUUUUGUUGUGGGCAUGGCUAAUUAGAAGUAGAUGGUGAUCUCUUCUCCGGCACCCAAAACCCAUUCUCUGGCGCAUUGUGUGGGUGCCGAUAGCAGUGAAAUUUAAGCAAGUGUUGAGCAAAGUGGAGGAACGGCGGUGUGGCCAUAUUGAAAGAUGAUGAGCAUUAUAUCUACACUAAUUGGUUACUAAAGCUCAAGGGUAUGGUAAUCCCACCUAUGAAUCACUUGAAGCAUCAUUGGAACAGAUGCCGUAAAAAUAAUGUAGAAACGUUGGCCAUGCCGCGUAUUGGAUGUGACAUCGAUGGCUUGGAAUGGAACAAGGUUAGCGCUUUGCUGGAGCAAGUGUUUGAGUGUGAAAACUUGGAGAUUGUCGUCUCACAAUAAUUUUUAAUUGUAUAUUCAUUUUAUUUCUCUGGCUUGUAAUUAUAUACGAUCAAUUCAAUACCAAUUCAAUUGUUGUU